ACGCUUAUACAUUUUAUCACAAGCUAUUAUGUUUCAUUUCAAUGUGUAAUACUCAAAGUUGAGAGAGAACAACCAAAAAAUAAACAGAGAGGGUUAUGGAGAGAGAGACAGAGAUGAAGUUAUCAAAGUUUAAGAGAAUUUGUGUGUUUUGUGGUAGUAGUCCUGGUAACAAAACUAGUUAUAAGGAUGCUGCUAUUGAACUUGGAAGAGAAUUGGUGUCAAGAAAUAUUGAUCUAGUUUAUGGAGGAGGCAGCAUUGGUUUGAUGGGGUUAAUUUCUCAAGCUGUUCACAAUGGUGGUAGACAUGUAAUUGGAGUGAUUCCUAAAACACUUAUGCCAAGAGAGCUGACUGGAGAAACAGUGGGGGAAGUGAAGGCAGUAGCAGACAUGCAUCAAAGGAAAGCUGAGAUGGCUAGAAAUUCUGAUGCCUUUAUUGCCUUACCCGGUGGCUAUGGGACACUUGAGGAGCUCCUUGAGGUGAUAACAUGGGCUCAACUUGGCAUCCAUGAUAAACCGGUGGGAUUGUUGAAUGUUGAUGGAUACUACAAUUCCUUUUUGUCUUUCAUUGACAAAGCUGUGGAGGAAGGAUUCAUUAGCCCCACAGCUCGCCAUAUAAUCGUAUCAGCCCCAACACCCAAAGACCUAGUCAAAAAUAUGGAGGAAUAUUUCCCACAACAUGAAAGAGUUGCCUCCAAGCUAAGCUGGGAAAGUGAACAGCUAGAUUAGUCCUUGAAUGGUGAAAUCUAGAGAUGAUUAAAUGGUUGUUGCAGUUUGUGUAGAGAACAAUUGUUAGUCAGAAUGUGAGACAAUUCAAGGUAAUAUUGUCGUAGAAGAUCACAAUUCCAUGGAGCCAAGAUUUUUGUGUGCUCAUAGUCUCUUACAUUUCCUUGCUAGUGUAAACUAUAGUUUUGAAAACUAGCUAUGAAGGCUAACUACUAUAUGAUCAAUGUGAAUUUCUGUUUUUUAGACACAAUUCAUUGAUUGAAAAAAGAUAAA